UGCCCGGGUAGGACGCAGCCGUGUCUCCCCUCAGUUUCGGUGGAAGAUGAGUAGAGAAAGUCAGACUGUUUUUUAAAGACUGGUAUCGACUUACUUCCAUUCUGUUUCUUUCAUUUUCGUCGAGGACUCGCUCUUGCCGGCUGAACGUUAGUCCACUACCAGUGACGCGCUGCGGUUAAACGUUAGUUUGCAUAGUCAGGAACUUUCCAAAACAAAACGUUAGCUAAUGUGCUUUUUAAAAACCUUAGUGUGGUAUUUUGUUUGAACACGUGUCUCACAAGUCCCACAGUAAUAUUUCCGUGGAUGUUGUCUUCGCUGACGCUUGAGCAGACCUCCAUAAAGGAUUGCAGGACUGCAAUGAUUUUGAUAGAGUGAGACACUGCUGUCAAGGCACAUCUACAAGAAAGCUGAUCUACAUAUCUGGGCUAGGACACUCGAAGUAGCAACUUGGAAACUUCUCACCUGCAUUUGAACCCUGAACUAAGCUGAACUUCAGAAUGGAUGGAAUAGACACCUUGCAGAGCUCGGCUCCAGAGACCAAGGCUGAGCGGAUCGCCCGGUACAAGGCAGAGAGGAGGAGGGAGCUUGCUGAGCGAUAUGGUAACACUGACGAAUUCACCUCCAAAUACGUCCGUAGGGACAGGAAAAUUGGAGACACAUCCGAAACAGUUUUAUCAGAUACCAAAGAGAAGGAAAAAUAUGAGGAUAAUGGAUCAGAGCACACGUAUACCAGGAGGGGCCUCAGGAAUAAAGUCGCAGAACCUGUGGAGCACACUGAUGACAAGCCAGCCGAGGAAAAAAUCAGCACCACUCACCUCAAAUCAGACACAGUUUUAUCCUCGAAAUCAGAAGCUGUCUCCACCAUGAAGAUGUCCUCUAAUCUGAGGCUGCUGGAAACCGAUGACACAGAGGAGCCAAAGGUUGAUGAGAAGCCUGAAGACUCAGCCAAGAGCACUUCCAAGAUGUCUCUUUUUAAGGAACUAGAGGGGACAGAGGAUGACAGCAGCGACCGGCGUGCCAACGAUAGAGAGAAGUGUCAGCUAAUGAGCAGUGACGAAGAGGAAUCCUCUGCCAGCCUUCCUAAAACUGCAACAAGCAAGUUAAUGGAUGAUAAAGAGGCCACAGAUGAAACGUCAUGGAAGGAGCAACAUGAAUAUUCCUCCACUGUUGAAGAAAAGCAGCCUUCCAGUCUCCUCUCCGACAGAGCUCUCCCCCUCAACAAGACCAGAGACGCCUCUCCCCCUUCUUCACCUCCCUGCCAGCGUCAGCGCCAAGACUCUGGGCCUCGGGGCAUCAAGGGAAUCCUAAAGAAAAGCAGCUCCACCAGCGUGGAGUCCGACCACAGCGAGGGCUCCACGCCGGAUUGCGCGACGGCCCGACAAAGCAGCGUCACCCUCAGCCACCCUGAGAGCGAGGAGGAGAUGGAGGAGAUGGAGGAGGACGACGAGAUGGAAGACGAGGUCAACGGGGAAAAUGACAGAGAAGAUGAGUCAUUUACUGAUGACAUCACAGACGGAGGGUGCUUCAGCAUCGAGGGACAACAGAGGGAGGGAAGCAGCAGCAGUGGAGGGAGCUUUGAGGAGAUGCGGAGCCCCUCGCCUGACGAGAGCCUGGAGAAGACGUCCACAGUGUCAGAAGAUGUUGAGGAGCUGGAGAGCAGCUUGGAUGGAAGCCAGGGCUCUUCACUCAAACAGAGACUUUCAGAGUUCACCAGUGAAAGUGAGAAGAAAGAUAGAGUGAAGAGGAAGACAAAACCAUCUGAGGCGAUCCAGACAUCACUGGCUGAUCGCUUCAGUCAGCUCCAAGAGUCUGAAAAUUCUUGGAUGAAAAAAAAAUCCAACGUAGAUUUGGCGCCCAAGGUGUCUCUGGCAGACAGGAUGAAGAUCCUUAAAGACAAGGAGGAGCAGUGGAAGAACAAAGGCAAAGGAGCAGCCAACGACUCGGUCCAGUUCACCGUGGCUGGACGCAUGGCCAAGAGAGGUCUUGUGACAGAUACCGGAAAGGAAGAGUCACCUCUCACACACCUAAAGAAAUGUAAUGCCACACCUGUGAAGCCUCAUGAAGAAAUCUCCAGCAGAUCUGAUGUCAAGGUAGAGGGAGAUAAAAGACUCGACAAGCUUGAGUCUUUCCUCGACAAGCUCCACAAUAAAGGUGUGAGCAAAAGCAAAACAUCCACCGUUGAGGUGACGGCAGAGAUGGAGAAAGAGGUGAUGACCCUGGAUGAUGACGAGACGUUCGGCAACUUCUACAGAUCCGUUUCACCGUCGGCACUCCAGGACUCCGGCGUGGUUCUGACGGAGGAGGACCUCAGCCAGAUCCAGACCGAAACACCAAAGCUCACCUCGGCCGUAGCAGAACACAAGCGAGCAGUGCGACCAAACAGGAGGAACCAGGGCUCCAGGAACCCUCUGCGGGCUUUGGCUGCACGCAACGACAUCCGCCAGGUCUACACCGAGCAGAGGCUCAACGUAGCCUCACUGGAGACCAAGAGGAUCCAAGUGGAGAGGAUGGCAAAACACUCCAAAACCAACCUGGCUGAUGUGGCCUUGGCGGGUCUCGCCAGCAAGGAGAACUUCCGCAAGGUCAACCUGCGCAGCGUGAAAUCCACCGAUGUUGUGACCAACAACAGUACACUGCCUUUCAACAAGCUCAUGCUCAUUCGCAUCAAAGGUCGGAGGCACGUCCAGGUGCGCCUGAUGGAGCCCACAGCCCACUCGCUAAACAGCGGCGACUGCUUCCUCCUCAUAACACCAAAGCACUGCUUUAUGUGGAGCGGAGAGUUCGCCAACGUCAUUGAGAAAGCUAAGGCGUCGGAGAUGGCAGCGUUUGUUCAGGCCAAGAGGGACCUCGGGUGUAAGGCGCCCCAGGUGACAGUGCUGGAGGAGGGCAUCAACACUGACAGCAGAUGGGCCAAAGAGUUCUGGAGCCUCCUGGGAGGACAUACCAAAUACAGAGGGGCAGGAGAGCCGGAGGAGGACGAGCUGUAUGAGAGUGGGGUGUUAGACUCUAUCGGGGUGUACAGACUUCAGGGAGACAAACUUGUACCUCAUGAAGAUGCCUGGGCCUCCAUCCCGAGUGUCUCCUUGCUCGACUCUAAAGAGGUCUUAGUGUUUGAUUUUGGCGGCGAAGUGUACGUAUGGCACGGAAAAGACGUGCCCUUGGGUGACAGAAAAGUUGCUGUGAAACUGGGCAAACAGCUUUACAGCGGCAGCUACGACUACAGCAACUGCAGAGUCAACCCUUUAGAUGCUUCCUGCACAGAUACGGAGGUGCCUCAGCAGGGGGAGGGUCGUCCGAGCUGGACUCUGUUUGGCCGGCUGUCUGAGCACAAUGAAACGUCCUUGUUCAGAGAGAAGUUCCUGGACUGGGCUGAGAGGAAAAAGGAGGAGGCACUUCAAGCAGAGGAAAGCAAGAGUCCUAUCCACUCCAUUGAACGCCCCUCAUUUGACUUGGACCUGCAGCCAUGUGACGCCAAGGCCCUGCUGGACAACGAGCCAGAGCCGGUGAAGACAGUUCUGGAGGGGGUGAAUGUCCAGCGGGGUCACGGCAUCGUGAGGGCGGACGAUGGAAGACAGGCAGAGCUGGCCACAGUAGCUGUGGACGCCUGGCACAUCAAAGAGCACGGUGAGGAGGAACUGCCUGAGGAGAGCCUGGGCCAACUGCACGAGGCCGACGCCUACAUCAUCCGUUGGAAGUACUCUAUCACCACACUCGUGGGGAAGAGACAGAAACCUGGGGAGCUGAGUGCGGGAGCUCCAGGAAGAGAGAGGACGGCUUGUUUUUUCUGGCAAGGCGGUCGCUCCAGCGUCAGUGAGAAAGGGACGUCGGCUCUAAUGACAGUGGAGCUGGGCAGCCACAGGGGCUCACAAGUGUUGGUGACUCAGGGAAAAGAGCCUCCGUGCUUCCUCCAGCUCUUCCAGGGAGGGUUGAUCAUCCACAAGGGCAGCAGAGAGGACAGUGCCAAAAACACAGGGGGCUGGAGGUUGUUCUGUGUCCGUGGCGAGGCGGAGGUGGAGGCCUCACUGGUGGAGGUGGAUUGCCAGCGUGCCAGUCUGCGCUCUCGUGGUAACUUGGUGCUUCUUAACGCUCAGAAAGGCGUUUUGUACUUGUGGCAAGGCUGUAAAGCACAUGCCAGUGCCAGGCAGGUGGCCAAAAGAGCUGCUGACAAACUCACCCAGAGGUGUCCUUCAGAGUUGGGUCUGAGCAGCAGCAGCAGUGUGAAAGUUGAGGAGGUGGAGGAAGGAUCUGAACCUGCAGAGUUUUUGAAGGCUCUGGGCUCGCAGGAGAAGAAGGCGUACGACUGUAUGCUGCAAGAUCCAGGGAAGUACAACUACACACCCCGGCUGUUCCGGCUGAGCGCCAGCUCGGGGGUGUUUGAAGGGGAGGAGAAGCUGUAUCCAGCCAGGGCGACGGAGGGAGUGAUGGCCAUGCCAUUCCUGCAGGACAACCUCUACUCCGCACAGCAGCCAGCUCUGUUCCUGCUGGAUAACCGUAUGGAGGUGUACCUGUGGCAGGGCUGGCAGCCUGAAGACACACUGUGCACCGGCUCUGCAAAGAUCCGCUGGAACAACGAGAGGAAGUGUGCCAUGGAGACUGUGCUGCAGUACUGCAAAGAGAAAAACCCUCGGCGCCCCCCGCUGGCGUACCUGGUCCUCGCAGGCUGUGAACCUCUCACCUUCACCAACAUCUUCCCAUACUGGGAGAGGGACACCAGUAUCACUUCAAAGACGGAGAGCUCCAAGAACAAGGUGAUGUUAGUAAAGGAGGCGCUGUCUCAGCUCAGCAAGCAGCAGUACUCCAUCGAGGAGCUGACCAGGAAACCUCCACCAGAGGGAGUGGACCCUCUACGCCUCGAGGACUACCUGUCUGAGCCGGACUUUAAGAAACUUCUUGAGAUGAGUCGAGUGGAGUUCAACGCUCUGCCAAACUGGAAGCAGAAGAAUCUGAAGAAAAGCAAGGGUCUGUUUUAAAACAAAUCUUUUUGUACACAAAUCUGCCUGUUUUUAUGUUCUCAACAGCUUUUCUUACAUUUUGUAUUCCGAGAAGAAAAUGGUGUCCUCAUUUUGUAUAGGAUAAAGAAAAGCAAAUGUACAAUUUUGUUCAAAUGUUGACCUAUUUUAAUAACAAUGCCAUUUUUAAUGUUUCCCUGUGUUGCUGAAAUACUUUAGCCAACCAUUAUGUGCAAUUGUUAAUCUUUUUGAUGGCAAGAUGUUUUCCUUGUAUGGUAAAAACAGUUACCCUCACAGUAUAAAUAUGUAAUAUACUAUAAAUGAAUGUGUUUUUAUGUCGGACACCAGACGGUGUCGAUUUUUGUGCGAGUAUGUAUAUGAAAAUUGCCUGUGGUUUUAAAACUGAGGGAGUUAUUCAUUGAUUUUUAUGUGGGGGAAAAAAGCCAGCUCUGUGUAAUGGGAUUAAAUUGUGCAGCAACAAUGUCUCCACUUAGAGGUUGACAAAGAAAAGAAGAAAAACAAGUUUAAGUUCAGAGAACAAUACCUAUAAUUUGUAGACAUUUAAAAGAAACAUGGAGAUCUGAAACAAAGAUUGUAUUCUUGAAUCUGACUCCUAUAAUUAUGAAAACAAAUGUAUUCUUAUUUCUUAUUGUAGAUAUGUGUGGAUGUGGGUGUGACAAAGUAAACUCCAAAAUCCCAAAGAAAACAAACAGAAAAAAUGAAUAAGUUUGGUACUGAAUACUUCCUGGUUCUAAUGAAUAACUGCCUGUGUGCCCUCUGAUCAAACUGGUUGUUAGGGACCAAAUCUAAUCUUUUUGUCUCGACAUACAUGUUUUUGUGCAUCUGUGUGAGCGUGAGUGGUUAAAUGUGCAACUUUAAAAGUAUUAAGUGUGUGUGAGUAUGCAUGAGAGAGUAUCUGUGCAGUAUAAACUGCCUUUUUAGCUGUAGCAGGCAUCACAAAUGUAUACCACAAAUGUGAUGUAAUGGUAUGUAAUGUGUAAACUAUACUGUUAAUUUGACUGCCUGUGAUGUCUGAAUUAGGAAAUUCUCUGCAUGAUGUUCACAAAAAUAUCUUGCUUACCAAUCGUGUAUUAAUUUGUUGCAAUAUGCAUCUUUUUUUGUGAUACAUAAGAUCUGCAUCUGCAGCUUUUAUUAUUCAUGGCACAUAACAGUAAACAUCGGUGGUAGGGAGAUGAGAUAUUAACGCUCGGGAUUCCCUUUUAAAUAAAGUAUUUUGAAAAAUG